GUCUUCCGCAGACGCAGAGCCCCCCUUCCCCUCCCCGUCGCCGUCGCUUCCCCUCGGGUUGACUUGACUUGUACUGUUCCACACCAUACCCCUCCACUGACCACCACCCCAAUAAUCGUAGGGAUCCCAUAAUAGUAUCCCAUUCCUCGCUUUUGCACUUUGCGCCCCUUCCUCUCUUUCCAUCUCUCUCUCUAUCCCCCCGCCGGCCUCUCUUCCUCGAGCUUGCGUCGGGCCGAGUUCUGAAUCUGGGAUCGCGGAGGUCCCGUGGGCGGCCGCCGGAGUCCGUGAAGAGCGGGAGCUCCUCGGUGCCGGCGCAGGGAAGGUCCAUAACAUGAUGGCUGCAGAGUUAGUUAAGCAAUACUCAAACAUCACUCUGGGAGAAGACAGUGAGAUAUGUGAUAUUAAACAUGCGCUUAAGGCAUUGAGAAAGAAGAUCCUUAGUUUGGAUUUUGACAACUCCAUGCAUGUCCAUGAUCCGCAGGACUCAUUUGAGUACUUGGAAGUGCUGUACAAAAUCAGACGACUGUCUGAAAGGUUAAGGAGCUUAGACCCUUGUGGAGAAGCCAAGCAGCUGGAUGAACUCACUGCGUAUGCCCAUGACCUUUCUGAAAUGGCAAUGGCAAGGCUUGAAGAGGAAUUUGUUUACCUUCUUACACACUACAAACAGCCAUUAGAACAGGAAGUUCUCUCUUUUCGCUCUACAGAGGAUGGUAGUGUGGAAGACUUCUCAAGCAGCUCAUUCAGUGAGGAACAAUCAGAAGGGAAGGCAACACCAAAUGAUGUCACUGGAGGACCGGAACAUUUUGUUCCUGAUUUGAUUCAACCUGGUGCACUCUCUGCUGUCAAGUCCAUUGCUAAAUUUAUGUUCCUGAAUGGCUAUGAUAAGGAGUGCUGCCAGGCUUAUAUAAACUCACGGCAGAAUGCAAUAGAUGAGUACUUUGGGUCUCUUCGUCUGGACAAGCUCAGUAUAGAAGAGAUUAUGAACACAAGUUGGAACAAACUGAAUACACUAAUAAGGAGAUGGAAUCGAGCAAUGAGGGUUUUUAUCCGAGUCUACCUUGCAAGUGAGAAGCGCCUUAGCAAUCAUGUCUUUGGUGAACUUACAGAUUCAACUGCAGACUUGUGCCUCUAUGAGAUUUCAUUUAACUCAGUCAUGCAACUUCUGAGCUUUUAUGUAUCUGUAGCAAUUGGUCCUCCUAAAACGGAAAAGCUUUUUCGUUUGCUUGAUAUGUAUGAGGUCCUGAAUGAUCUUCUCCCUGAAGCUGAAUCCCUGUUUGAAUCAGGGUGUGAUGAUAUGAUCUUGAAUGAAUAUCAUGAAGCACUACUUCAUCUGGGAGAGUCUGCAAGAAAGACAUUUGCAGAAUUCAAGUAUGCCAUCCAAUCAUACAGUUCAUCAAAUGCAGUGGCUCGUGGAGAAGUGCAUCCACUUACAAAGUAUGUUAUGAACUACAUAAGGGCUCUCACAGCAUACAGCAAACCUCUUGAUUCACUUCUCAAGGACACAGAUCGAAGACACCUGCAUCUUGCUUCUGACAUUCAGUUGAUGGCAAACGCAUAUCCUAAUUUCACAGCAACAGCUUUGCAUCUACAGUCUGUUGCUGCCAUUUUGGAGGCAAAUCUUGAAGCUGGUUCUAGAUUGUACAGAGAUGAUCGGUUGCAGAACAUCUUUAUGAUGAACAACAUCCACUACAUGGUCCAGAAAGUGAAGAAUUCGGAUCUCAAAAGCUUUCUUGGUGAUGACUGGAUUCGGAUUCACAACAGGAAGUUUCAGCAGCAAGCUACGAGAUAUGAGAGAGCGUCAUGGAACAAUGUCCUCUCUUACCUGAGUGAUGAUGGCUUGUGUGCUGCUGGUGAUGCUGCUUCUCGCAAAACCAUCAGGGAGAAGAUAAAAAAUUUCAACCUGUCCUUUGAAGAGGUUUAUCGAGUUCAGACAGCAUGGUCUGUCCCAGACGACCAACUUCGUGAUGAUGUCCGGAUUUCAAUAUCCCUGAAAGUUAUACAGGCCUAUAGGACAUUCGUGGGAAGAUAUUCAAGCUUCCUUGAUGGCUCAAGGCAUCGAGAUCGUUACAUCAAGUAUAGACCUGAGGAUUUGGAGACACUUUUGCUUGAUCUUUUUGAAGGAACUCAAAAGUCACUGCAGCAUUCUUGCCGAGUUUGAAGCUUAAACCAGUGAAGAGAUACCUCAGCCCCCUCCACCUUACUUUUGGUUUUCUUCUUUGGUUUGUAUUAGAAUGUUACAGUUGAAUUAUUAUAGUGAUGUAUUGUUCUGCCCAACUUGCAUCGGUUUGCCGUU